AUGUCUACAAACUAUAAUGCUGUGACGAGCGGCGCAGCGCAGGGCGAUAUAAAUGAAGUUCGCAGAAGGAAUGUCCAAGCUUACGAGAAAGCCAAUGGCGGCCAUGUCGUCAAGCUUGAAGCUGAAGACAAGAAGAAGCUGAGGAAGGAACCUACGUUUGUGGACUACCUUAACGAAUACGAAUAUAUUAUUGCACCCCUAAUCUUCACGAUUGUCGCAUUAUUGACGAGACUUUGGAAGAUUGGUCUGUCACCAAUAGUAACAUGGGACGAAGCACACUUCGGUAAAUUCGGCUCCCACUACCUCAAACGCGAAUUCUAUUUCGACGUUCACCCUCCUCUCGGAAAGAUGCUGGUCGGACUUUCUGGUCUCCUGGCGGGUUACAACGGAUCCUUCGAAUUCAAAUCCGGCGAUACAUAUCCUCCCGAGCUGAACUACACUUUCAUGCGUGUGUUCAAUGCUCUAUUUGGUGUGGUAACAGUUCCCUGCGCAUACUUUAUUGCUCGAGACCUGGGCUUCAAGCGACCAGCCGUAUACUGGUGCACACUCAUGGUCUUGUUUGACAACUCUUAUGCCACAAUCUCGAGAUUCAUUCUUCUGGACAGCAUGCUGUUGUGCUUCACUUUCACGACUGUCAUGUGCUGGGCAAGAUUACAUACCUUGCGCAACAAGAGCUGGAGCAUUGAAUGGAUGAUCUGGAUGAUGUUGACUGGUAUUUCGAUCGGUUGUGUCUGCAGUGUCAAGUGGGUUGGUCUGUUCGUUACGGCCCUAGUAGGUCUGUACACAGCCCACGAUCUGUGGAACAAAUUUGGCGACCUGGAAAUGUCACCUGUAGAGCUCGGCGCGCACCUUGUCUUCCGUGUCUUCACCCUUAUUCUGAUCCCAACCACAGUCUACAUGGCAAGCUUCAAGGCACACUUUGUCAUUCUCGAGAACAGCGGACCAGGUGACGCGCAAAUGAGUUCACUCUUCCAAGCGAAUCUGAGAGGAACAGAAGUCGGCAAAGACUCACCACUCGAAAUUGCGUAUGGCUCUCGAGUUACGAUCAAGAACAUGGGGUAUGGUGGUGGUCUGCUCCACUCUCAUAUCCAGACAUAUCCAGAAGGGUCCCAGCAACAACAAGUCACCUGUUAUCACCACAAAGAUGCCAACAACGACUGGUUCUUCUACCCAAAUCGCAGCGAGCCGGAGUUCGAUUUUGACGCUCCACUACGCUUCGUCCGUGAUGGUAGCGUGGUUCGCUUCCUCCACACCUCGACCGGCCGAAAUCUACACUCGCAUUCAGUAGCUGCACCUGUGACGAAAGCAGACUACGAAGUCUCCUGCUACGGCAACUUGACAGUGGGCGACACAAAGGAUCACUGGGUCGUCGAAGUCGUCAACGACGCAGCCAGCUCGGAUCGUAGCCGCAUUCGAACACUGACCACCUCUUUCCGACUACGACAUACCGACCUAAACUGCUAUCUGCGAGCCGGAACCGUCAAUCUCCCACAAUGGGGCUUCAAGCAGAUCGAGACUACAUGCGUCAAGCAGAAUAAUCCCCGAGAUGUCUACACCCACUGGAAUGUGGAGAGUCACGUCAAUGACAAGCUCCCCCCUGGCAACGCUAAGAUGUACCGCUCCCCCUUCCUGCGGGACUUCAUCCACCUUAACGUCGCGAUGAUGACUUCGAACAACGCUCUGGUCCCUGACCCAGAUAAGCAGGAUGAUCUUGCAUCCGCGUUCUGGCAGUGGCCACUGCUCCACGUGGGUCUGCGGAUGUGCUCCUGGGAUGACAAUGUCACCAAGUACUUCCUCCUUGGAAAUCCGCUUGUCUACUGGGGCAGCACCGCCUCGCUGGGCGUGGUCGGUCUACUCGUGGCUUGGUAUGCUGUCCGCUGGCAGCGAGGGUAUGCUGAGCUCAGCUUUCCAGACAUGGAGCAUAUCAUGUACAGUGGCAUCUAUCCGCUGAUCGGGUGGUUCUUCCACUACUUCCCAUUUAUCCUUAUGGGUCGAGUCACAUACGUGCACCACUACUAUCCGGCGUUGGCUUUUGCUAUAGUCACGUUUGUGUUUGUGGUGGAUUGGAUGACGCAGAAGAUGAAUAACAGAGUGAGAUGGGGUCUGUAUUCCGUGCUGUAUGCUUUGACAAUAGGGUUAUUUGUGUAUUUCAGCCCUAUUGUGUAUGGUAUGCAAGGCAGUAACCACAAGUACAACUACAUGAGGUGGUUUGAUAGAUGGAGGAUGAGUGACAAGGAGUUCAGCUGGACUGGGGCAUGA